UCCCUUUCCACCCUGUUUAUCCCCCCCCCCCCGCAAACUCUGCAUCUGAACUUCACCUCUGCAGCUAUCAAGUCAUCCUUCCUCUGCUCUGUUGCCCCUCUUGCUGUGGGUGUGCGUGUGGGGGGGGGGGCUGUUCUUUGAUACCUCCAGAUUUGAUCACACCUUCCUAAAUCCUAGCAGGGCUGAUUGCCAAGAUAGCUGCUUUCUCUCUCCCCCCACUCCCACCUUUUGGCUCUGUCGAUAAAAGGGGGGAAAAUCCCCCUUUUGACUGUUGAGAAACUUCCCAAAGUGCACCCGCGAGUUAAAGUGGUGUGGUUCUGAUCACAGCUCUCUUGGAGUUACCACCACAUCCUCAUUUGAAGUUUUCCACCCCUUUGGAAGUGGCUAUUUUCACAGCUUUUGGGGUUUCAGGUCACAGAACCACAUAAUUUCUAAUAAUUUGUGGGGAGCACCCCUGGAUUUUCACACCUCACUAGAAAGGCAAUAGACCUCAUUCUCCAAUACGGUGAAGUGCUUUCCCAAACUUACUUCCACGUCUCUGAUUCUAGAGUGCCUCCCUUGCGUUGCGGCCUCUAAUUGUAGCUUGUAUUUCCAACAUGUGUGGAUAGGAUUCCCCAAUUUUUUUUAGACCUCUUGAUAUUUCAGUACAGCCCAGGAUUUUCAGCAGUACUUCCUCCAUAUCUUGGUUAUAUGGUGAGAUAAAAUUUCAGUGCUCUGUUCUCUGUUAAAAUUUUGUGUUAAUUAACUUAAUCCCAGAAAUCCUGUUUAAGAGUCUUGUGGUUCCGCAAGCCCACUUAUUAAGAGAAUGAUGUUAUACAAUGUUUCUGCUCUCUGUCUAUAGAUUGUUGAGGCUUCAAGUCUAUUUUCUUAGUCAUUAUCCCUCUUUUUUUAUUUAAUGCAAGUACAGUAUUCUAAACUUUUCUGUGCAUGCUGGUGAAAACACACCUUAGAAAACUUCCCUCAUGUCCCCCCCAUCAGAGACUGGAUUAGAGAACUAAUUUCACAGCUGCUCAGUCACCCCACUUUCAGCCAGAGUGUAUCCAGUCUCUAAAACAUCAAACUGCCCCAAAAUCUAAUUUACCCCCUGUUGUAAUAAUAUAGCAUUUCAAAUUUAAAAUAAGCCAAGAUACCUCUUUUCUUUCUAAGAUAAUAGAACCUUAAAGGGGAAAAAAAAGCUACUGAUAUAAAAACACUCCUUUGCCAGAGCACACCAUUUUGCGUGCGUUUAUUUUGCUUGUGAGAUUUGCCCUAAUAAGCCAGUUAUUUUCCACUGAAUAUUCCCCUGGUCCAGAACUCCUUUUUGCAAACCACAGUUUGUUUGAAUUCCAGAGUGCCGUUCAGCUUCUCUCCCAAAUUUCCUGUCCAAAAUCACGUACAUCUGCCCUAAUCUGUCUGAUGGCUUUUCAGGACCCCAACCAUCCUCUUCAAGCUCAGCUUUGCAGCAAUGUUUUUGGGGCAUUGACUGGGUUAAUCCAGCCACCUUUGGCUGCCGGGCUAGGUGGGGGGCAGAAAUAUUAUGGCAAUAAUGGGGUACAGAUAGGUUCCCCUCAGCAGCAGCAGACAACACUUGGCAAUGCGAUGAUGGUGGAACCGGAGCCGGAUCGUCCUAUCGGUUAUGGUGCUUUUGGUGUGGUAUGGUCUGUGACAGAUCCUCGGGAUGGGUCGCGAGUUGCACUCAAAAAGAUGCCCAACGUUUUCCAGAACUUGGUCUCUUGCAAACGGGUCUUCAGAGAAUUGAGAAUGCUCUGUUAUUUCAAGCACGACAAUGUCCUCUCAGCACUGGACAUCCUCCAACCUCCACAGAUUGACUGUUUUGAGGAAAUUUAUGUUAUCACUGAAUUGAUGCAAAGUGACCUUCACAAAGUCAUAGUUUCUCCACAACCACUCAGUGCUGAUCAUAUCAAGGUCUUUUUGUAUCAGAUCCUCAGGGGGCUAAAAUAUUUGCACUCUGCUGGUGUCCUCCAUCGGGACAUCAAGCCUGGGAAUUUGCUGGUCAACAGCAACUGUGUCCUCAAGAUCUGUGAUUUCGGUUUGGCCCGGGUAGAGGAGCCUGACGAGUCCCAGCACAUGACUCAAGAGGUCGUUACUCAAUAUUACCGGGCCCCUGAGAUCCUGAUGGGCAGCAGGCAUUAUGGACGUCCCAUUGACAUUUGGUCUGUGGGCUGCAUUUUCGCUGAACUCCUUGGCAGACGUAUCCUCUUUCAGGCCCAGAGCCCAAUUCAGCAGUUGGACCUGAUUACGGAUCUCCUGGGGACUCCUCCCGUUGCUGCCCUGCGUUCAGCCUGUGAGGGGGCCCGUGCCCACAUCCUGCGUGGCAGUCACAAGCCACCAUCAUUGUCUGUCCUUUACAUGCUCUCUGGAGAAGCAACCCACGAAGCUGUCCAUUUGCUCUGCCGGAUGUUGGUCUUUGAUCCAGCCAAGAGGAUCUCUGCCAAGGAUGCUCUUUCUCAUCCUUACUUAGACGAGGGGCGACUGAGAUACCACACCUGUAUGUGCACUUGCUGCUUUUCUGCCUCCUUGGGCCGCAUUUACACCAAUGACUUUGAGCCCCGGGCCAACCCCAAAUUUGACGGCUCUUAUGAAAAGAACCUCACCUCGGUCUGGCAGGUCAAAGAACUGGUGCACAGGUUUAUCUUGGAACAGCAGCAUGGGAAACGGGUUCCGCUCUGUAUCAACCCCCAGUCAGCUGCCUUCAAAACCUUCAUCCGCUCCACAGCAUGGCACUCUUCCAAGGUGUCUAAAAAGGAAGAGAGAUGAAGAUGCCCCUUGGACGGUCAUGAGGGGAAAGAGAAGAGGGACGAAACACAGAAGGGGAUGGCGUUGUCGCUGGGAGAUAUGAGAAGAAGAGGGAGACGCUGCUCUUCAUCCUGCACUCUUGAAUAUUUUGACUCAUGGACAGGCAUUUGGGAAGGGGGGGGAGAAAUGUCUGUGUCAUUAUAUUAUUAUUAUUAUUACUAUUAUUAUUAUUAUUUGGAAGUGGGGAAAUUUGGGAAGGGAUUUUUUUCACUGAUGGAUGUCUUUCCCUUUCCCCCAUUCCUAUACUGCACUGGAAAACUCUGGGUUGUGGGCACUGAGUUCCUUUCCUUCUCCCUAGCUCUGCACCGGUAUUUCCCCCUUCCUUUACACGUGGGGUCUUACCUGGCUACCUCCGAAAAGGGAUGGCCAGUUGUUUUCUUGAAAUGAGGUGUGUCUGUUCUUUCUGUUUCAAAGAGUCCCCCCCACCCCGAAGCCUUAGACUAAGGAUGGAUGUGUUUCUCCCCAAAUCAUCUUCUCCUUAAAAGAUUUCCCAAAGGGGGAUGGGUGGGAGAAAUGAACGGUAAGGCUCAAUUUUUUGAAUCUACAACAGAGGUGCACAUAUGUCUUGCAACCAAGGGCUGCGUGUAGAGUAGUCAUCUUUGGUUUCCAGGAGCUUCUGGGAAACCUGUACAACUUUAGGCAUUCAUUUUGCUUCCUUAAACCUCUCCGGGGGGGCGGGGAGGGGGACAAUUUUGAGGAAGGUUCUAGUAGGUCACACCCAUAAUCAUACCCCCCUCCCACUCAAUCUUCCGUUAUCCUAAAGAGGCCACAGAAGGGCAUGUUGAGUUGAAGUAAACGUUGCUUGAAAGAAAGAGCAGUGGUUUCACGUGCGUGCACGCAGACACACACACACACACACACACACACACAGAGGGGAAAUUAGAAUUUUGGGGUAAGAUGCCAAAUACUUCCUUGGUGUGUGCUUUUGGCCCUCCAAAGCACUUGUUCUCCAGGUUUCCCCUCUCCUGGUGUGACACUCCUGUCAAAAGAAGUGGAUGGAGGUCCUGAGCUCUGCUGACACAUUUCUGCUAUAUUUUCAGAAAGUGCUUCUUUUCUUUACAAAUAUGUGGAGUUUCCUGAAAAAUUGAGUUUGGCCUUCAUGCUGGAUUUGGAAUGCUUGUAAGCUCCGCCCCCCCCUUUCCUGCCUGCAGCCAGAUCAACCUCCUUUCUUUAUGAAAUGUAUUCCUCCAUUAAUUUCACACCCCUUCAAAAAUCUACCUCUUUUCUCCCAGUGGGUUUCAUGUGUGCAUGUGUUUUGGACACUUGUGUUAUUAAUUUUUUAUUUUUGUUUUGUUGGCGAUUGAUGGUUUCUUUAUUUUGCUGGUGUUUCAUCUCUUUUUGUCAGUUACCUGCAUUAAUUUAUGAUCACAGCAGUUUCUAUACUAGUUUAAAUCCUGAGUGUGUGCAUAUAUUUCUUCCUUGUCUUUGAAAAACGGCAUGAGAGAGGGGAAAAAAAAAAACCACAGAACCAACAACCUGGAAACUUGAACUGUCUUGGCUGUAAUAAUCCCCCCCCCCUAAUUUAAUUGUGCUCCAUAGUAGCUGAAUUAAAUUUAUGCUGUAUA